AUGAUCCUGCCGUUCGACGAAGGCGAGCGCGAGUCCUCCACCCCGUCUCCGCCAUUCAACUUGCCCUCCUUUUCCCAUCUCCAAGCAUUCUACGGGAAUAAAUCCCUGCCGAGUUUACCCGGCACCGAUAGCUCGCAUGGCGCACCGUAUGGACCUCCCGUGCGGCCGCAGAAGAAGAACUUUCCCCGGCACACGUGGCUGCAGGAUAGUCGCGACGCGAGCCGUCGACUUUCGGACAUCGGGGAGGAAGAUACCGGGUCGUUGCCGCGCAAGGGGGAAGGUUCUGGGAAUCUGAGUCUGGCAUCGCAUGGUUCCGCACCGAGAUUGGCUAGUUCUCCUGUGUUAUAUGGGCGAGGGGAGAAGGAGACGAGAGACCAAAAGGCGUGGAGUAGCUCUUCUGGGUCAACAAUCAGCGUCGUGAGCAUGAGUGAGCCGCCACUGCAGGAGGUGACUCCGAGCAACGCGGAUGGGUCGGGGGCUUCGACGAACGAGGAAGUGCAGGGCGUGAUGUCGAUUGUCAAGGAGAAGGGACCAGAUGACGAGUUGUCAUCGGCCAUCUUGGAAAGUGAAGCGGAGCGCAUCCUCGAAAAUGCCAAGAAAAAGCUCACGCUCAUGGAAGGGAACCUCUCCCGAGCCCGAUCGUCGAUCCGGUUGUCGCCCUCGCUUUCACCCUCACCAUCGCCAGCGCCUGGCACUCAGCCGUUGGGACUGGGGCAGCCCGUCGGGGGUUUAUACCAGUCAAUCUCCCGAGCGGACCGCAGGGUUUCAGCCCUGCGCCCUCGGUCGACGUACACCUCGGCGCAAGACUCGGCCAACAACAGACAUUCCCGGGUUUACAGUGAAACCAACCUACCGUUAACAGCGUCGACCGAGCCUCCGACCACCGGGCCUAGUCUGUCACGAUCCCUGAGCGCCAUGGGAUCGAGCACUUCCUCCAACUUUCACAAUGAUGAACGGUCAUUUCACUAUGACACAACCCGAGCUUAUCUCACCCAUCGUGCCUCUGUCUUAUCAACGCAACCAUCGGGCUCGAUUCAACGCGCACACUCCGCCAAACAGAGCGGGGACAACUCUGAGACGCCCAAGGGACUAGGCAUUACAAGCCCCGACGUGGAAUCUGACAAAAAGUACAUGUAUGAAGAAUUCAACUCUGAGCAUCCCCCUCACGACCCUCCGUCUCGCGCACAGUCACAACUUCAGGUGCGAGAUCUUCAGGACCAGAUGAAGGGGCUCCACAUAAAGAUUUCCAGUCUGAAGGUCAAAGCUCAAGAGGACAAUCUCCGGCGGCGAAGCCUGCAGAGCUUGAGGACGCCCAGUCCGUUCACCGAGGGGGACCAGUGGUACCCGAGCGCGUUGGAACUCAAGAACAGCAAUGGGAGUCUCCGGUCAAAUCCGGGACGUGGGCAUACUGCCGACGCUCAGGAGAACCAUCACCACCAGGAACGUCAGGAAUCUGAGACCGUAAGAAAUGGAUUUACAUACGACCAGAGAAACCAUCACACCGAACAACCAGAAACAAAGCUUCAGCGAAAGCCGAGUGCUGCUUCUCAUGCUGUUUCGCUCAAUGAGAGCCUGUACGAGGAUGCAGAGGAGGGGGACUACGACAUGGACGGCUCCUCGGGCUCGGACAUUGACCGCGAAGCUUUGGAGGAGAUACUUCGCGAGCCGCUGGACGACGAGGACUUGGAAGAGUCUUUGGAGGCCUUUCCAGCUGUGCCUCAGCAUAUUGAAAUGACACCGCACGAGGAGCGCGAGGACGCGUUUGAUUAUGAGCACUUCAUACUUCACAGCGCCCUGGGCAAUUACUCGCGGAGCAAACUGCGUCGCACGAGCAAUGUGUCGACCUCGUCCGUUGAAACCACACGACCCUACCAUGAAGCUUCCGGGACUCGCCAUUCGCGGUCUGACAGUACGGCCUCCUUGUCCACCAUUGCAACGUUUGCCACAGCCAUCGAGGGCGACGACGAUAUUGAGAGUGUUCUCUACUGGGACAAGAAGUUCAACGACGAACUGCGGAGUCGUCAGCCCUAUACUGAGCCUGCACAACCGGCUGGCGAUUCGGGAUCCAUGGGGACACCCCGAGCUUCACGAAAUCAGGCGAGCCACAACGGGCUCACGAAUGGAACGGACGCCUCAUCGAGAACCCUUUCUCCUGUUCAGCGGUCAGAGUCGGCCACGAGCUCCAUCGUCUCCUCGCUUGUGUCGACAGUGCGCGCUGCGUCAAGCCCUCACCCGAAUACACAAAACGGGAGAUCAGGUCUCAAUAACGAUGAUACUCGACUCUUGGAGCAAUUGUUCCAAAGUCUGGGGAAGGUCUGCUUGGACCUGCAGACGCUCACUGCCUCUGCCCAGCCUGAUCCGAAGAGGGAGCGGGUUCUGCGACGGCGGUUGGAUGCGGCUCGGAGGGUGUUGGAUGGCGAGCUUGACGCUUGA